AUGUCUCACUGUCACGAUGAACACGACCACCACGGCCAUGACCACUCCGAAGGCGCCGCUCACGACCACACCGAUGACCUGACCCCCGCGCUGCAAAACCACAUCUAUGAGCAGAUAGACUUCUCCAAAAUCACCACUCUGAACGAAUCCGAGCCGCAAUCUGGCACCAAGAUCCUACAAAAGACAUGGACUGAUCGACUCGACUCGCAGCCGGAGCUGAAAAGCGAUACGGAUGAGCAGCUGCUCAUGCACGUUCCCUUCACAGCCCAAAUCCGACUCCACAGCAUUCUAAUCCGCACAUCCCAAACCUCCAGCGCCCCGCAAAAUCUCAAACUCUUCCUCAACACCGACAACCUCGACUUCUCCUCCGCCAGCGAUGCGCAGCCGACGCAAACGCUCGAACUCGCACAAUCAAAUGACGUGCAGGAGGUUCCCGUCAAGCGGGCUCUUUUCAACACCGUGCGGUCGCUGGAUCUCUUUUUCGAGGACAACUGGAGUCAAGGGGAGGAGGAUGAGACAAGGGUGAGUUAUUUGGGGUUCAAGGGGGAGUGGAUGAAGUUGAGCCGUGAGCCGGUGAAUGUGCUUUAUGAGGCUGCGGCGAAUCCGCAGGAUCAUAAGUUGGCUGCUGGUGUUGGGCAGGGUUUGGGGAGUCAUAUUGGGGCCGCUGGCGGGAGGGAUGGGAUGUGA